AUGAAGACCGCCGCCGCUGCCGCCGCGCCUGACGAAGCCACCAUCACAACCCUAAUCCCCGUCCUCGCCAUCCUCGACAGCUUCAACCACCGCAACAAGAACCAGCACCGCGUCGCCCACUGGUGGUCAACAUUUGAUAUCCUCCGCCGCUCCGUCAGGCGCCUUCACGACGCUCUCGAAGCCCAGGCCCGUCACCGCCGCGCCUUGAGCUUCAAGUCCUCCUCCUCCUCCUCCUCCGCCUCUUCUUCUAAGUCGAAAAAGUCCGCCGUCGCAGGCAAACCCGUCAGCAGCGCGGAACGUCGCCAGAAUGCGCUAGACGAAGACGUCGCUGCGAGGGUGCGGAUGCUGCUGGAUCCCACUAUACCCUCGUCCUUCUCAUCAUUCACACAAAUUGCAGCAGACAACCAACACGCCGCUCUAGGUCUGGUGUUGCUAGGUCUCCUGGCACGCAUCAACUCGGCCGUCGCACUCUUGGCGCCUCCUCGGCCCGAAAAGGUCACCCCAGUCGGCGACGCUGCGUCUUCGUCGUCGACCGGCCAAGUUGUAGUCGCCGUUGCGGAUGAGAGGCAGCACCAGUCCGAAUCAAAGGGGCUCGGCGUGGCCAUCUCUCGGGACCAGCUCAAGUUGGCUGCCAAACCUUCAGAUCACCGCUCAUCAUCACGUAAUAUCGAUGAGGUGGUACCGGCUGUUCUCCCUCCAAAGAAGCGCAAAUUGAUCGCUGCUUCUGCCCUCGAUACCAAACCUAACAAGCCAGCAAAGGAGGAAAACUCAGUAAAAAAGAAGAAGAAAUCCAAAAAGGGAGACGACUUUUCGGACUUGUUCAGUUCCCUAAUGUAG